AUUGAUUUUAGGGAUAAGUACUCUUAAACUUGAUCAAAACAUCCCAAAAAAAUUAAUCAAGCAAUGAGGAUGAAUACUGUAUUGUUUUUCGUCCUCUUUUCGAUGCUUAGUUCUUCUAGUUUUGCGGCAAAACAGUCUUACAUAGUGUAUAUGGGAGCACAUACACAUGGUCCAGAUCUUACCCAACUAGAUUUUGAACGUGUAGAAAAUUCUCACCAUAGUUUCCUUGCAUCGUAUCUUGGAAGUCAUGAAGAGGCGAGGGAUGCUAUAUUCUAUUCAUACAAGAUGCAUAUUAAUGGUUUUGCGGCAAUGCUAGAUGAAGAGCAAGCAGCAGAAAUAGCAAAACAUCCAGAUGUUGUUUCUGUGUUCCCAAAUCGUGCGAAGCAACUACAUACGACACGAUCAUGGGAUUUUAUGAUGCUUGAAAAGAACGGUAAAAUUCACCGGAGUUCAGCAUGGAGAAAGGCUAGAUUUGGAGAAGAUACUAUUAUUGGCAACCUCGAUACCGGGGUUUGGCCUGAAUCAAAGAGCUUUGAUGACCAAGGAUAUGGACCUGUUCCUUCCAAGUGGAAAGGUGUUUGUGAGCAUGAAAAUGGUGGUGUCCCUUGCAAUAGGAAACUUAUUGGGGCAAGGUACUUCAACAAAGGAUUCAUUGCUGAUGGUGGAAUAGCCAACACAUCAACCAACUCCCCACGUGAUUUCGACGGUCAUGGAUCUCACACACUAUCAACAGCUGGAGGAAACUUUGUUCGUGGUGCAACCGUCUUAGGCUUAAUCAAUGGAACGGCCAAAGGUGGAUCACCAAGGGCAAGAGUGGCUGCAUACAAGGUUUGCUGGGGUGAUUGUUACGAUGCUGAUUUAUUGGCGGCCUUUGAUAUGGCUAUUCAUGAUGGUGUUGAUGUUCUCUCUGUCUCUGUUGGUGGAGAUCCUAGUGAUUAUUUGAAUGAUGGAAUCGCCAUUGGAGCUUUUCAUGCUGUUCGUAAUGGUAUUGUUGUUGUUUGCUCUGCUGGUAAUUCUGGACCUGUUGCUGGGAGUGUUUCUAAUGUUGCACCUUGGAUGAUUACUGUUGGUGCUAGUACUAUGGAUCGUGAGUUUCAAGCUUUUGUUGAGCUUCGCAAUGGGAAAAGCUACAAGGGUUCAAGCUUAUCAAAGCCUUUGCCAGAAGACAGGCUUUAUCCACUGAUAUCUGCUGUUCUGGCGAAAGCUGCCAAUGCAUCCGUUGACAACGCUAAACUUUGCAUGCCCGGCACAUUAGAUAAAAAUAAAGUGCAGGGGAAAAUCUUGGCCUGCAUCCGUGGAAAUAAUGCAAGAGUAGACAAAGGUGUGCAAGCAGCUGCUGCUGGAGCUGUUGGGAUGAUCCUUUGUAACGACAAAGCUAGCGGCAAUGAGAUUAUUGCUGAUCUUCAUGUACUUCCUGCAACACAUCUAACUUAUGAGGAUGGUUCUGCUGUUUUGGCCUACAUCAAUUCCACCAAUGGUGACGCGUAUGGUUUCAUUACUCACCCAUCAGUUGAAAUACACACCAAACCUGCUCCUUAUAUGGCUGCUUUUUCUUCCAGAGGUCCUAAUACUGUUACUCCUCAGAUUCUCAAACCUGAUAUCACAGCACCAGGAGUGAAUGUCUUAGCUGCAUACUCUGGAGGCGCGAGUCCAACAGAAGAAGCAUCAGAUCAUCGUAAAGUUUCUUAUAUGGUUGUUUCAGGUACAUCUAUGUCUUGCCCCCAUCUUUCUGGGGUUGUUGGCCUUCUAAAGACCCUGCACCCAACUUGGACUCCUGCUGCUAUCAGAUCUGCUAUAAUGACUACAGCUAGAGUAAGAGACAACACAAAUGGCCCAAUGAUGGAUGCAUCCUUCAGUGAAACCAACCCAUUCGCGUAUGGUGCAGGACAUGUACGACCAAACCGUGCCAUGGACCCUGGGUUGGUCUAUGACUUAACCACAACCGACUACUUAGAGUUCCUAUGUGCACUUGGAUACGACAAAAACAUGAUCAAGUCAUUUGACAGUAACUAUAACUGUACAUCAAAAGCAUCAAACAACAAGAUUAUGAACUUCAACUACCCUUCAAUCACAGUCCCUAGCCUGUCUGGCUCGAUCACUGUCACUCGAACAGUUAAGAAUGUUGGAAAGCCUGCAACUUAUGUAGCACGUGUGCACCAACCACACGGUGUUGAGGUUACUGUUGAGCCUAAGGUGAUGAAGUUUAAUAAAACUGGAGAAGAGAAGAGUUUUACAGUGACUUUGAAAGCUAAACAUGGUGGUAUGCCUUCUGGGUAUGUGUUUGGAGAGUUGGUAUGGUCAGAUGGACAUCAUCACUACGUUCGGAGCCCCAUUGUAGUUGCUGCUGCAACUGAUAACUAAAGUCUCAAACUAGUUAGCUAGAUUAAUUAGUCAUUACAAUCUACUAUGGUCUAUGAAGAGAUCCUAGUUUGAUUAACUUGUUUUCCUAGUAUUUACUUUAGACAUUAGCACAUCAGUAUUAAUUUUAGAGUACAAUUAAUACUUUCUUAGAGAAA